AUGUCGUCUUCAGCAUUAGCUGGCAAUGAGGUUCUUACAUGGUCUGGUGAUCCUGCAGAAUUUCAAACAUUCUCAGUGGCAUGUCGCUGGUAUGUGAAGUCUUUGAAAGACUCCGAGCGCAAACAGGUCUUCCUAGCACCAGGGAUGUUCCUAGAACUGAUCCGCCAUCGACACCUUCCAGGAGACCAGUUGGAGCCCAAGCGAGAGGUGCUGCAGCCGCAGCAUCACCUCCUCCGGCUGAUCCUCAGCCGACGUCGCCACAGGCAGGCAGCACCAGCUGUUCUUUCUGAUUUCUUUGGGGACGAAUUGAGAGGAUAUCGUCUUCUCAAAGCUGCUCGUUUAAGUGCUCAGGAACGUCAGAACAUUCUGACACAGACUGGAAAUAGCACCAAUUUCUUGGCAGUGCGUCGAGCUUUGCGCACUUCUCUGAAGAGGAUGAUGGUGGCCAUUCGAGUUGGAAGAAGUCACGGAUUUGGUGGAACGCUGAGGGGUCAACAAGAUUGGCAUGAGGCUUACUGGCAAGACUGGUCUCCAUGGACAUAUGAUGAUUGGGGUGACAGUCAGUUUGAUGAGAGCUGGCAUGAUGCGUCUCCCAAAGAUGAACUUCCAGUAGAUGACCAGGCUGAUGACCCAGCCGAGACCCAGUACAAAGAGGCCUACGCCUUAGCAGUUCGCCGUGUCCGUCAAGCCCGAGGGUAUUUUGCACCAGAGUCCAUGACUGGGAAAGGCAUUCCAUUGUCUCGGUCACCAAGCGGAUCCCCGAAGGGCAAAUCUGGCAUGGGAAAGUCACUUGGAGCAAAGGGCAAAUCUUUUGGCCCAUGUUUUGUCUGUGGUUUGAACGGCCAUAGUUGGAGGCAAUGUCCUGACAGAUUUGCGAAAGGUGGAAAAGGCGGGAGUUUGUUUCCAAAGGGAAAAGGUAAGAGCAAGAAGGGUUUCAAAUCACUUCAGUUUCAUGACAUCAGCCCAUGUUUUGACCCUGGCAUCUACACUUCUGACGUGGAACCUGGCACUCGGGUCAUCAUUGACACGGGAGCCUCCGAGAAGGCUGUGGGUAUGUAUUCAUUGGGCAUGUUGAUUGAGAAGGGCAAGAUUUCGUAUGAUGUGAAUUUGGAAGAUCGUCCAGUUUUCAAAUUUGGAAAUCGUCACAAAGCCCAAGCAGUUAGCAGGGUUGAUUUGUUGAACACCUCCAUUGGCACAGUUUCUUUCUAUGUCCUUGGGGAUGAAGCCAACCAGACACCUCCAUUGGUGGGAGGCAAGACCCUACGGCAGCUUGGGGCCAUGCUGGCCUACGAGGACAACUUGCUCAUUUACAAGCGUCAGGAACCCCCGUUGAAGCCAACUUUUUCAUGCUGUCAAGAGUUUCAGAUGCGGUCCAACGGCAAGACCGACUUAGCAACCUGGCUCAAAGGCUUCAACUUUUGCGUGAUCAAGUUUGUCAUGGGCACUCCAGUCCAACCAUGCGCGGAGGACGACCCCCGUGUUCGAAGAUUUCCAUGUUUCAGCCAUCACAAGCGGAAGGAGAGACAGAACCAGUUCGCAAUUUGGUCAACAUGCCUGGCAUGCGGCCUGAGAAUCACCUACAGGCCAAAGAAGGACAGUCAUGGAGAGGACCGACAUAUGGGUCCGCACCCUCACCUGAUCAAGAUGGCAAUGGAUCAGAUCGAGGCCAGCAUGCCCAAAGAUCAAGUCAGCGAGAAGGUUGUGAAUGGCAUGCUCAUGGAACUCAAGGGUCUGCAGUUGCAACACGGCGUCAGCAAUACCAUGGCCGUGAACAUGACCUAUGCUCAAUACAUGAAGCGCAUGGGAUUCAAGGAGAUGGAUGCCCAGUCCUCAGAAUGGGAAUAUGCGGAGAUGUCAGUCCAUGCAUCGGAGUCGGAGACGGAGGAGGAAGAAGACAAGAAGAAAAGAGGUCCAUCUAGCCUGUGCAGGUCUAUGGCAAGUUUGCAUGAGAAGAUGAGGUUUGGAGGCCGUGAUGGCCAUACGUCUCAAGACACCAGCCUGCUCAAUUCGCACGGCAUUCCCAAUGGCCGAGAUGCUGGCGCGGCAUUCCCAAUGGCCGAGAUGCUGGCGCCACUUUUGAAGGCUGCCACAAGAAUUCAGCGGAAAGUCAAGUUCCAGAACCAAGCGCUGGAGGUGGACAACGCAAAGGAGUUCAACCUCACACUGCACGAAAGAUGGCUCGAAAUGCAGCCUCAGGCCACCGACUUCAUUGAAGUGGCCUGCGCUCCAACUUCAAGUCUGACGGCGUCUAUGGAGUCUCUUGGACACAGCGCCUACAGGAUCAACUACCGAAAUGGAUUUGACCUUGACAAGAAGGAUGGCACGACAAAGCUGGCUCAAUAUGUCCAAGCGCUGACCAAUCUGACACAGCGAGACGAGGUUGAGCAGGCCAACUUUCAAAAGCGGCAAGGUCGCGACUUGAAGAAAGCGGAAGGGGUUGUGGAUGCCAUGGAACCCAUUUUGGAAAGUCAUGGUGAUUUGAGCUGGGAGUGGCCAACCGGCGCCACCAAAGGAUGGAACUCCAAAGCCAUCCGAAAGCUUGAGAGUCCAAAUUGCCACGUCCAGCUCCAGUGGCAAGCAUGCAUGAGACUCCUGGCCUUUUUGAGAUUGUCGGCAUGGAUGUUUUUGAGUAAUGAUGAGUACCAGAAUGCCAAAUACAAGUUUUUGCUGAUGCGUGAUCGUGCAAGUGCUCUGGUGAUGGUAGAGUUUUUGAAGAAGCACGGCGCUCCAGAGGAAACUGCAUGGGAACCCACCAGUGAAGACAUCAUCAAGAGCUUCAGUCGUUGGUUGAUGGUCAAUCCAGCGCCAAAAUGGAUCAUCACUGACGCUGCUAGGCAUUUCACUUCUCAAAGGAUCUUGGACUAUGCAGGUCAAUCUGGCACUGGUGUUCUCACAGCACCAGCUGAAGCACAUCAGAUGAUGGGUUCUGAAGAAGGCGCAUCAGCUCCUCUUGACAACAUCCCACUUGGCAUCAACCCCAAGAAGGCGUUUGGUGGCAUGCUUGGCCUCAAGGAGAGAAUGAGAGUUGCUUUUCAGGCCGAGGGUGCAAAGGCAAAACUUUCAAAGCUGAAAAAGACCAUCCCUCAGCCGACCGUGACAUACAAGCCAGGCCAACUUCUGAUGCUCUGGCGCCAAAGAUCAAAACCUGGCAAGACAGGUGGAACCUGGGUUGGCCCUGUGAGGAUGCUGUUGCAAGAAGGUCAUACAGUUUGGCUUGCGACGGGCUCAACUUUGAUCCGUGCUCGCCUGGUCCAAGUUAGGCCUUGCACUCGACAAGAAGAGCUCAAUUCCAUCUUGGAAGGCACCGCCAUCCUGAAGUUGCCAGUUAUGCUGGACAGUCUUUUGAGGAAGUUCACUGGAAGAUACUAUAGCGAUGUGACUGGCGCCGUUCCUUCAAUGGAAACUCUUCGAGAUGAUGUUCGAGGAACUGAAGUUCAACUUGAACCCGGCCAGCAAGCAGGUCGCCCAGACAGUUGGAAGAUCACAAACUUUGAGGGCAAAAAGUGGUUGGUCCGGAUUGACUCUCUUCCACGUAUCUCUUUGGUCAUCCCAAGCAAGACUCAGACCACCCCUGUCGAUGAAGAGAUGCUGACCGGCAUCCGCAAGACCAAGUUGAAGGGACUUCACCCUCAAGCUGAACUUGUGGAAAUCAAUGACGACUACAAGGAAAGCGACGAUCCAACACGGCCUGACACUUCAGCGACGCCAGCAGAACAGCCACAGGGAGAUGAAGAUGCGAAUCAACAAGGCGUCAUGAUUCCCGACGUCCCCAACAUCAGUCCUCUGACCACGGCACUACGAGACAAAGGAGGCCACCAAGGUCCACAUGAAGAUGUGGCCGGAGGACGUUUUGUACAGACAUCAGAUGGAAAGAGCAUCAAAGUGGGCGAAGAAGGUUCCAGCGUUCGUUCCCGAUCAAGUUCAAGUUCUUCAGAUGAGUUGGUGCCCGAUGAUGCCAUACACAUUAACAAGGUUGUUAAGUCUAACGCGGUUUUAGACACCAACCAAGUUUUUCAGAAUGCCCAGGCUAUAGAACCCAACCAAGUUUCAAAGAAUGCCCUGGCCACAAAGUCCUCUGCAGUUCUUGAGUCCAAGGAUGUGUUUUAUGCGUUGGAGAUUCCUAUCAAGCCCUCCGACACCACGUUCCUGACCAAGAACCCAGAGAAGUCAAGCAUCUGGCUCUCGCGCAAGACGAUGGAGAAAGGGAAGGAACUUAGAUGGUCUCACAUGGACAUGUCCCAGAAGCAGAGCUUUGACAUGGCUCAGGCACGUGAGUUGACGAACGUGCUAAGCGCCAAGGCCUUGAGAAGCCUCACGGAGAACUUUGAUCCAGUUUCUGCAAUGCCGAUGGGAUGGGUUCUUACGACGAAGGCUGAUGGUUCUAUCACAGCCAGGCUCGUUGUUUUGGGUUUCCAGGCAGCCAAUGUGGCGGAAGUUGACACCGCCGCUCCAACAAUGGCGCGGGUGAGCCGCAAUUGGAAGAUGGAAUGA